GCGACGUUGAACUAUAUUUUCUGUAAUAUUUUUUUCAUUAAAACAUUAUGAUUUUCCGCACAGCAAUAUUAAUUGAUAACAAAUAAUUAUAUGUAUAGAUUAUAGUGUUAACAUGACUGAAAUGUUAUUCUCAUGGUCGUUUGCUUUCAUAAUACCACACAGGUGUAUAAUGUGACAAAUCCAUGUUUGAUAACAUUUUCAUACUCCGAUAUAGUCGUCCCGGGUUUAAUCGCCUGACUGCAUCAUAGCUGGAACGUACACUGAUACCCACUGCGCAUGCUCAUGUACCCUGCAGGUGGAUGUUAUCGACAUCAUCACAUGGUGGGGACAUACGUGGGACACUUCUAGGCCAGGGAUACGGCAGAUAAAAUUGGUACAAGAUUCCAUGAUGGCCGUUACCUGUGGGGACGUUUACUUGCUGGCGCAAACAGUCCUAUACAUCGUGGGGAGUUUAGCUGGAAUGGCGGCGAUUAUUCCUUUGGCGUUGGCGUAUUCGGAAUUAGGCGGACGUUGUUUGUUGAAUGCCGAGGUUGAUUGGAAGAGCUCCACCCGCACAUUAACAUAUGGAGAAUCGUCGAUGUGUACUUUUCCCAUGUGGCUGUUUGUGUUUGGCACAUUUGUAUAUGGUGCUGUCCUGGCGGUGUCUCACGCCAGAACACUGUGGAAAAUACGCCAGAAUCCAGCCAUAAGAUCUGAGGUGUGGGUUGUGCCAUUCCUUAUGAUAAAUGGUGUGGUCACGGUGUUACUCUUCAUCGCUUCCUGUAUCAUCAGUGUGGGGUUCCAAAAGUUCUGCUCUAGUGUGGUUGAUGGGGCAAAGGAUGCAGGAUAUGAAUAUUUAGUCAAAAGGUGUGUCGACUUCGAGAAGCUUACAUGGACGCAGGAGGGGACCGGCUGGGUCCACGAUGGCGGCAAAUCCAUCGUGUACUUAACUUUUGCUCAGAUUUUAUCCUGGGCUUGCUUCCUGGUCUGGCUGAUACAGACGAUGUUGUCAGUGGUGCGUCUUUGUCGGAACAUAAAAGAAGGUACAACCGGAAAUACCCGAACCGCCGCCGACAUGACCAACAUAGCGGAUGAAGAACCCACGGCUUAACACCAAGCAGCGAUCGAGCUUAGGUUUAAAACUUAAAGGCGUGAAGAUUUGAUUGUUACUUGUAAACUGUACAUUUUGAAACACGUUUAGUUUUUGUCAGUAUUGUGUAUGUUACACUUGUUUUUCCUUUGGCAUGCUUUGGAUUGUGACGUCAGACGUUUGUACAUCAAAAGUGACCCGAAAAUUUGUCAGUAUAUUCAUGAUAUUCAUUUAUAUUACUCUAUUCUGUACAUGAAUGUUAUAAUGAUAAAAUAAUGAUUACAUGCUCAUUUACGAUUAAACCCAUUAUAUAUAAUUCCUACAUUUGUAUGCUUUCAUUAUAGCCGUGGCCAUUUGGGAGCAACAUUUUACCCUGAUUGUAGUAGAAUUAUCUUCUAAGAAUACAGCUUAUUACUUCAGCGAAGGAAAGGUGUAAAUUAAGUCUGCUUGAAGUUCUUUCACGAACAAUGUAGUCGACGACAUUAUUAUGAAAGAUAAUGUUUGAACAAGGAAAUUUUUUUCGAGCUCGAGAGGAAAGAUUUCCUGUAACUGUAGCUUUGUUGUAGGCUCAUAGUUAGAUGCCACAUAUAGAUUGACGUCCAGUGCAUGCUGACUGAUCGAUUAA